AUGGCUUCCACCGAUUACAAGUUCGAGGGCUGGAUGGGCCUGGAUAAGGAGUCCGCCAACGGAAAGAUGGUUUGGCAGAGCUUUGAACCAAAGCCUUGGGAAGAGACUGACGUCGAUUUCCGUGUCACUCACUGUGGCAUUUGUGGCAGUGAUAUGCACACCCUGCGCAGUGGAUGGGGCCCCACCAUGUACCCUUGCUGUGUCGGUCACGAGAUCGUCGGCGAGGUUGUCCGCGUCGGCUCCAAGGCUGAAGGAAACAUCAAAAUUGGAGACCGUGUGGGUGUGGGCGCCCAGAGUGGAUCUUGCCUGGAGUGUGAAAGCUGUAAGGCUGGUCUGGAGCAAUAUUGCAGCAAGAAUACCAACACAUAUAAUGGCACUUAUGCGAACGGCGGCAAGUCGUAUGGCGGUUACAGUCUUAUGAAUCGAUCGCCUUCUCACUUCGUUAUCAAAAUUCCCGAUACCAUACCUUCGUCGGAGGCCGCCCCCUUGCUCUGUGGUGGCAUCACCACCUAUUCUCCCCUAAAGCGGUUUGGCUGCGGACCGGGCAAGAAUGUUGGUAUUAUCGGUGUUGGCGGACUAGGCCACUUUGGUGUCCUGUUCGCUAAGGCUCUCGGCGCGGACCAUGUUGUGGCUAUUUCGCGUCGGGCCGACAAAAAAGAGGAUGCGCUAAAGCUCGGGGCCGAUGAGUAUAUUGCGACUGCAGAGGACGCCGACUGGGCCAAGAAACAUGAGCGGUCUUUAGACCUGAUCAUCUGCACUGUUUCAUCCUCUAAGAUGCCUAUCGUCGAAUACUGUAGUAUGCUUCGCCCUCAUGGCGCCUUUGUUCAGCUAGGUGCUCCCGAAGAUGGCGGUUUAGAGCUUCCUGCUUUUUCUCUAAUUGCUAAGGGUAUCAAGCUCGCCGGUUCGAUGAUUGGCAGCCCCGCUGAAAUUCGCGAGAUGCUCGAUUUGGUUGCGGCUAAGAAGAUCAAGCCAUGGAUUGAAGAGAGACCAAUGAAGGAUGCUAACCAAGCCAUCCUCGAUAUGACCGCUGGUAAAGCUAGAUACCGUUUGGUUUUAGUCAACUAG